AUGCGCGCACCCGCGGGCGGAAACCCCACACUUGCCAGCCGUCUCUCAUUUCCGCAAUUUAUUUCCGCCCGUCAUUUCCACACUUGCCACCCGUCUCCGCAUCUCAUUCCCGCCUCGCACUCUUUCGUUUCCCCGCUUCCUCCCGCUCCCUUUCCCCCUUUUCCCGCCUCCUGCCGGCGCAUUCCGCCAGGCGCGCGCCCGCCGCGGCUGGAGGAGAUGCGCGAGGACCAGCGGCGGAAGCUGGAGAUCUUCUCCGCGCUGCUGUGGGGAUUCGAGGCGCUCUGCGACGAAAAGAAGGUGGCGGCGUCGGUGCGCGUGGUGCACGGCGCGUGCGAGCAGCAGGCGGUGGCGGACGAGGCGAGGCUGCUGGGGGCCACGCGGGUUGUCGUGCACAAGGACGGCAUGGGGCGGCGCUUCUCCCCGCGCGCGCUGGAGCAGCGCCUUCCGCCCGCCUGUAUGGUGCUCUUCGUCGGCGGGGGGCGCCUCGCGCUCGCGAAGCGCGGGAAGGGCGGAGUAGGCGCGGCUGGAGGUGCAGCGCAGGGGAAGAGCGCGGGGAACAAAGCAGCAGCGGGUGACGCUACGCCCAACGGCCACCGCCCGCUUUACAUCCCCCUUAUGCGCCUCUUCGGUAGCAGCAAGGACCGGGACGGGUACAGGGACGAGGGCGGCGUCGCCAAGGGCGGUGCCGGUGAGAAGGCGAAAGUCGGCGCGAGGGAUAGCGUGAGGGAGAGGGAGAGGGAGCAGGGAAGGGAGAGGGAGGUGAAGGCGGCAGGCGCUGCCUCCUCGUCUUCUGCUCGCUCCUCCAACCCAUACCACGGCAGCAGCAGCAGCAGCAGAAGUGCGAGCGGUGCAGGAGCGUCGCCAUACCCCACGGCACGCAAUGCCAUGCAUGCGAGCACCAUGAGCCAGGGGCCAUCCAUAAUGGGUAGCGGCAUCAGCCGCAGCGGACCCCUCUCGUACCACCAUGCUGCAGGGGGCGGUGCUGGGAGCAUGAGCAUGAGCAGCCGACAAGACCAACCAGCAGCAGCGGCGGGGGCGAAUGGGGGAGCGCGCAGGUUGGCGCAGCUGCCGCGGUCCAACUCGCUCACGAGCCUGCGCCAGCACCCCGCCUUGCAUACCGCCAAGCCGUCCAUUGCUCAGCGCGCGCUCUCCCUGCUGCAGGGGGACGUCUCCUGUGAGCACCCUCCGCUUCUUCGUCCCUCCUUAGCUGUCCUGCCUUGCUAUCCCACUCUCUCCCACACUCUCCCAUUCUCUCCCACUCCCUCCUACUGUCUCCCACUGUCUCCCACUCUCUCCCACUCUCUCCCAUUCUCUCCCACUCUUUCCCACUCUCUCCCACUCUCUACCGCUCUCUCCCACUCUUUCUCACUCUCUCCCACUCUCUCCCACUCUCUCCCACUCUCUCCCACUCUUUCCCACUCUCUCCCACUCUCUACCGCUCUCUCCCACUCUUUCUCACUCUCUCCCACUCUCUCCCACUCUCUCCCACUCUCUCCCAUUCUCUCCCACUCUCUCCCGCUCUCUCCCGCUCUCUCCCGCUCUCUCCCAUUCUCUCCCACUCCCUCCCAUUCUCUCCCACUCUCUCCCGCUCUCUCCUGCUCUCUCCCGCUCUCUCCCGCCCUCUCCUCCUUUCCCCGCAGGCCAUUCGCCCCGGGCAAGGCGCGCAGCGUCUGCAGCUCCCCGCGUGCCUCCUCCCCCCACGCGUCCUUCUUCUCCUCCUCCUUCUCCGCCUCCCGCCCCUCCUCCCCGCGCGCCUCCCGCCCGUCUUCCCCCCGCUCCUCCGCCUUCAACCCGUUCUUCCCCUCGUCCCCGCGCUCAUCCCGCCCCUCCUCCCCGCGCGCCAGCGCAGGCAACCCGCAGUCCUCCCCCUUCAUCUCCCCCCGCGCCACCGCAACCAAUCCCUUCUUCCCCCCCUCCUUUGACCCGUCGCACAUGUGCGUGCAGCGGUCAGCUUCGUUUGCGGGCGUGAGCGCGGUAGCCGCGACCCUGGCGCAGCAGCUGGGGUGGGAGCACGAGGCGGAGGCGGCGGAGGAGGAGGAGGAGCGCAAGGCGCGCGAGCAGGUGCGCAAGGGACGAGCGGUGGCGCAGCACGGGGAGGAGGGGCCGCGGGGCGAGGGGCAGCAGAAUGCGCAGAGCGAACUGAACGCGCGACUGGUGAAGCUUCAGCAGCAGCAGAUGGAGCAGAGUAAGGGAGGGGUGAGAGGAGGGGAAGGGAAGGUGAGCUUCUAUGUGGGUCAAGGGCAACAGGAAGAAGCGAUGGUAAGAGCUGAUAUAGCCAGUGCUGCUCGUGAUGCUGCCACCGCUGACCGUGCUGGCCGUGGUGCAAGUGCUGACCGUGCGGACCGUGCUGACCAUGCUGAAGGCGUUGACUGCGUUGACUGGGCCAACCGCUGUGACGUGGAAACAGCAUCCUCCUCCUCUUCGUCUGACGAUUCUUCUGAGCGCGGGGAUGCCAAUAACGCGGAUGGAUUGGAUGAUGCGAUACAGGGUACAGUGCACCACUGUAGCUUCCCGUCUAUGGACGCCUCUGAUGCCGCCCAGCCUGUUCUCGAGUCGUUCUGCUCUGACAUAUCUGCCACGUCAGCUGCCACGUCAUCCUCCGCGUUCUCGUCUCGUUCAGGGGCGUCCUCCCAUUGGACGGACAUCCCCAGUAGCGGCUCCCUCUCAACCCCAGACUGCCACGUGGCACCUGGCGCUAAGCUAGCAGCACCUAGAAAAUCACCUGAAGCAGCACCUGGAGCAUCAGGGACACCAGGAGUCAGAGAAUCAAGCCAGAACGCGGCAAGCUCACGAGGGAGAGAGGGUCUGGGCGGGCGCAGGGCAGCCUUGGAGCCUGUGUGUAGUAACCAGAUGCGGGCCGCAGGACGAGGAGGGGAGGCCGCGAAGGGGGAGGUUAAUCCAGGGCAGGAGAAUCAAGGGCAAGAGAGAAAAUGGCAGGAUGGGAAGGGGCACGGGUUGGUGGGAGAGGGGGACAAGCAGGAGAGGGAGGAGGCAGGGGAGGGUAAGGAGGACGCCAGGUGUCCUGUUCUGGUUGGCCGGUUCCCCGUGCACAGGCCGAGGCAGAGGGCGGGCGUGGGCGGCACAAUGGGCGGCUCAGUGGGCGGGUGGAGUGGCGGGUCCGGGCGGCGGCUAUCGGUGCUGAAUAAGACAAGAGAUCCUCAGAGCGUGAGGAGAAUGGAGUCUGAGAGUGAGAGUGAGAGGGAUAGGGAGAGGGAGUCGGGGAGAGUGAGGAGAGAAGAGAGUGGGGGUGGGAGUGAGAGGGGCAUGCGUGCACCUGCUGCGUGUUUGAUGGCUGAUGGUGGGAGUGAGAGGGAGGGAGGCGAGAGCGCGAGGGACAGGGAGUGGGGGUUUGUGGUGCGAGCAGCAGGAGUGGGGGAGAAGGGCAAGGAGAGGGAGAAUGAAGGGGAGAGUGCAGAAGAGGUGAGUGUGGAAGGGGAGGAUGAGGAGGGGACUGAGAGGGACGAUGGAAGGGAGGGAGAUGCGGAGGAGAGAGUGAGUGAUAGGAGGAGUAGCGAGGCGAGGAGUGAGGGGAGAGAGAGUCAGGAGAGAGUGCAGGAGACGAGCAACAAGGAGGGGGAGGGAGGGAGGAGAGCAGACAGCAGGGAGGUAGAGAGCAGUACAGAGGGAGGAACUGACCUGCUGCCGUGUGUGCGGCAGCAGUCGCUGCCACUCAGCCACAGCUGCAGCUCUCUGGUGCCCUCACGGCGAUACUUCUCAGAUGGGGGAGAGGAGGCGCGGAGAGAGGGCAGGAGGGGUGCUCCCACAAUGCCCGCCAUGCCGCAGAGAGCAGCAUUAGGAGCGGAAGCGGGGGAUCAUGGAGGGGAUGGGUGGACUGCUCCGGGGCUGGGCAGGAGUAGCAGUGGCGGCGGCGGUGGCGUUGCUGUGCGUGCAGCAGCACUUGCCUCGCCGACCCCUGGCGUGCGGCGGAGCUUCUCCUUCACUCAGGGCGCCAGGCAUGCAGCUGCGGGGGCAGUGGCAGCACGGGCAGAAGCAGUGGCGGCAGCAGCACGAGCAGUGGGCGGUGGGCGAGGGGAGGAUGGGCAUGGGGCGGCGGGCGUGGGGGGAGCAGGGAGCGGGGGAGUGAUGGGGGGAGCGGGGGUGUGGGAGGGGCCGUGGAGGAAGCUGCAGUGGCGCGAGGUGGAGCAGGCGACUGAUGGGUUCGCCACACGGAACCUUCUGGGAACGUGCGGGGGCUACAGCCGAGUGUAUCAGGGGCGGCUGCCGGGCGGGCAGCAGAUAGCUGUGAGGCGCGAGAUGCUCACCUGCCCCUCUGCUGCUGAUGGUGAUGGUGCUGAUGGUGCUGCUGGUGGGGUUAUUGCUGCUCGGCAAGGGGGGAGCCCACGUGGCAGCGUGCCUUUGGCUGCCGGGCGCGGGCUGAGCAGCGAGGUGGCGGCUGAGCUGGCGGUGCUGGCGACGCUGAGUCACCGCCACGUGGCACAGCUGGUGGGGGUGUGUGCGGAGAGAAGAGACGAGGUGGCACUGGUGUUCGAGCACAUGGAGGGGGGCACCCUCGACUCUGCUCUCAGGGGGGACUCCGCACAGGAGGGGGGCACCCUCGAGUCUGCACUAAGGGGGAACUCUGGUUCUUCUGCUGCUGCUGCUGCUGCUGCUGCUGCUAAUCCUGGUACGGGGGAAUCCGGUUCUUCUGCUGCUGCUGCUGCUGCUGCUGCUGCCAACUCUGGUGAGCACUGGUGGUGGAGGGCGCCUUUGACACUGCUCUCAGGGGGGACUCUGGUUCUUCUGGGGAUCUCACCCCUCAGGGCACCCUCCGGGGGCUGUGCUGCUGCUGCCAACCCUGGCCCUCUCGCCUGGUCUGCUCGGCCAAUGGUAGCGCACCAGCUGGCACUGGCACUGCACUACCUGCACGAGGGGGCGCCCCGGGCAGUGGUGCAUCGCAAUGUGCGGACGGCGAGUGUGAUGCUAACGAGGGGCGGUGAGGCGAAGCUAUCGGAGUUUGGGUUGGCUCUCUUCGCCGCUCCCAACGAUGCGCCCAUGCAAGUGCCGCUCGCAGGCACCUUCGGCUACCUCGCCCCAGAGUACCUAUCCCACGGAGCAGUGAGCACGGCCACGGACGUGUUUGCAUUCGGAGUGGUGCUGCUGGAGCUGCUCUCAGGGCAACCCCCUGUUGAUGACUCCCGCCCCCGCGGGAUGCAGUGCCUUGUGCAAUGGGCACGGCCACUGAUAGAGGCGGGCAGGCUGCACGAGGUGGCAGAUCCAGCCCUGCAGGGCGGAUACCACCCGCACCAGUUCGCCCUGCUCGCCCGCACCGCCCUGCUCUGCACUCACAAGGACCCCUCACAGCGACCCUCCAUGCUCCAGGUGCUCCACCUCAUAGACUCCGGCCCUCCUGGUAAAGCCCCCUCGCUCCCACACCCUACGACGCCGUUACAUGUUCAGCCAUCCCCCCCUCGCACUCGCUCCAUUCUCGUGUAG